CAGCGGUUUCUUUUCAAAAUAUACAGAGCAGCCAGCAGGGAAAGGACUGCUCUUUUAUUUACAAUUGUCUAAGAUCUUAUAAACAGGAUGGCAGAAGGAGGAGAGGCAGAGUGGGAACUUAGCAAAGAAAACAUCCAGCCCCUGAAGAAAGGCCGGGCCAUAUCAGCUUUACAAGAGGCACUCAGUCAACAGCAAGAGGGUUCGAGCUCUGCCACCAACCAACACAAACAGGCUUUUGAGUCUGAACUAAGAGUGUAUGAGGGGGAUGAUCCACUUGAUGUUUGGGAUCGGUAUGUUAAAUGGACAGAGCAGACAUAUCCUCAGGGGGGAAAGGAGAGUAACCUCACUGUGCUUUUGAGAGAGCUUGUGGUACGCUUUACAGAGGACAAGAGAUACCACAAUGACAGACGUUAUGUUGAUCUCUGGAUCAAAUUUGCACAAAGCGGCCCAGAGCCUUUGGAUAUCUACAGAUACAUGCGAGCCCAGGGAAUAGGAGUACAACAGUCCUCAUUCUACAUUGCCUGGUCAGAGGAGUAUGAGAAUCAGGGCAACUUUCGAGCAGCAGACAAUGUGUACCAGGAGAGCUUCAAGCGUGAGGCUGAACCCCGAAAACUCCUGCAGUUUCACAAGGCUUUGCAGGCCCGGGUGGCCCGGCAAGUCAUGUCCGACAUGGUGGAGGAAGAGGAGGAUGAGGACAACGAUAUGGCAGGACAGCCUGAGAGGGCUUCUUUGGUUGAUUUAAAACACAGAGGGAAAAAAAAGGCCGUUGCACCCAUCUGUCGAGUUGGGGCCGCACUGAGCAGUAAUUCACGCAGCCUGCAGUUACAUGGCCCACAAGCCCCUGGCAGCACGGGUCAAAACAGUCGCAUUUUAAUCUUUGAUGAGCAGAAGACUGCCAGCGCUGAGCCCUCUGAACCAAAGCUGGAAUCAUGGAAGGCCCCACCCCCAUCGAAAUCCAAGGAGAAUGAACAGAGGCCUGAGAAAUGGAACCAAUGUAAAGAUGCCUGUGAGGUCCAGGUUUGGUCACACAGUUGUGUUCCACAUAGCAAGCCAAACUUCCAGCCCUUUGUGGAGGAGGUGGAUCAGCCUCCAGCCAUGACACCUUGUAAGAUCAACCCGGCAGUGAAUUCAGUGUUGUCUGCACGGAAGCCCUGCAGGAAUGAGACUCCUCUGAAGAGACUACAGCAGCAGGAACAUAUGAAGCAUGGAGAAGGGAUAGCUCAGGGGCAGAGCAUGUACUGCAAGGAGCUUCUUUUCAGUGGCGCCACUGAGUUCUGCUUUGAGGAACUGCGAGCAGAGCGCUAUCGCCAGAAGAUGGCUGUGAAGUCGGAGGGCAGUGUUAAGGAAGAGCUACCGUGCUCUGGUCUUCCAAACUGACACAUUUCUGCCGGGACAAUGAUGUGACCGUUCCGUGUUCAGAGGAAUAUUGAUCUGUUAUGUCUUUGUUGUCGCUCAUCAUGUAUGUGUUCUAAUCUUUGUGCUAUGAAUCCACUCCGUAGCCAGUUUUAGGAAUCCAUUUGCCUUGAGAACAGAGUGAAUUGUUUUGGGCAUGGGUUCUGCAAAGUGUCAAACAUUGCCAAGGGAUGUUAGUCCAUGCUGACAAGAUGGCAUUACAUUACACUGUACAUAAAUGCUGCAA